AUGAGCAGCCCUUCAACGUUUCAGAGUACUGGUGGUGCUCCUACGAUCGGAUCAGCACCAACUGUUGGUGGCUCAUCAUCAACACCCACGACAUCAACGACGACAAUAAAUUCAUCCAAUAGCAAUAACAAUCAUAAUAGUGGCCCAAUCAAAAAUACCAAGAAACCAAAAUCUUUACAGAUUGUUUCUUCUCCUCCGAUUAUUAAAAAACUGCCUGAUGAUGUGCAACAAUUUCUCAAAUCGGGAACCAAUAUUGGAUGUCUUUCGGAUUGCAUUAAAGAAUUGGUGGAAAAUGCAAUCGAUGCUCAUGCAACGAAUAUUGAAAUUUUAUUAACACAAUCGGGAUUUACUUCCAUCUGUGUCAAGGACAAUGGAGAUGGAAUUCCUCAAGAAAAUUUCGAUACAUUAUGUAAAAGAUAUUACACACACAAAUAUUCGGAAAGUCACAGAGAUGGACAACAAUGUGAUUAUUUGGGAUAUAAAGGAGAGGCUCUCAACAGUAUUUGUAAUAUCAGCAAAGAUAUACAUGUAAAAACAAAGUAUGGAGAUAAUGAUUCCGAGUUGGGAUCUCAUAUUAUUUAUGAUAAGAGAGGAGAAAAUCUAUCUGUGAAUUCUAUUCGGCACUCGAAAGGAACAACAAUCGUUGUGAACGAAUUAUUUUCUGCAAUACCUGUACGAAGAAAAUGUUUUCAAAAUGAUUUGAAAAAGCAAUUGGAGCACACUAUUACAAUCUUGAAGCGAAUUGCUCUCAUUCAUUUCAAUAUUCGAUUUUUAUUGAAAGAUGGUGACAAGACUCUAUUCCUCAAACUAGCAAACAUUCAAACGAUGAAAGCAUCACUUCAAGCGGUAUUUGGAGCUGGAAAUAUUUUUGAACAUUUAUACUUUUAUGAUGGAGCAUUGAAUACAAAUACAGCAACAGCAACGAUUUCAGCCACGCACGAUACACCAAGCACAAAUGGAGCAACAUUAACAAGUAGUAGUAGUAGUGAUAACAGUGUUGUUCACACCAAUAUCAACUCUUCUUCUGAAAAUGCACUGCCUCCUUACUCGAUUCAAUGCUAUGUACCACUUUAUGAAACAAUUGCAAAAUCGAAUGAUACCACACUAAGUCCUGAAGAAUUAACCCCUCUAAAAGACAUUACAAAAUUUGUCUCAACAACAAAACCUCACAUUUAUGCCAACAAUAGAGUCAUUCUGGAAUACAAAGAAAUCCAGCAAGCCAUGAAAGACAUCGUUUCAAAUUUCUUCAGAAAUCAGAAGGGUGUUAGUUCCAAUCUAUUUUACAUUUUGAUCAUUCGAGUAGAUUCCCACUAUUUUGAUGUGACCAUUAAUCCUAACAAAACUAAAAUGAUCAGCUCCUUAGAUGAAGCCAUUAAAAAAGAGCUUCAAACAAAUAUCAUCAAACACUAUGCAGAGGAAGUGAGAAAAUUCAAAGAGAAUAAUUCAAUCAAGCUGUUGAGUCAGGAUGAUCCAAAUAUUAUUGAUAAUUCCAAUGCUGUGCUCAAUGUUUCAAGAAUAUUGGCUUCAUCACCCUCCAAGAAUAAGAAUCAACCACCAUCUUCCUUAAAUAGCUCACCGAAUUCCACAACAUUGUCUCUUUCAUCACCACCACAACCACAACCAUCAUUCCUGAAUGAUACUACACCACAGAGUAGUAGAAGAUCAGACGAUUCAUCAUCACCACCUCCUGCUAAAAGCAGCAUUUCCAGUGGUUGUAGUGCUGUUUCAAGUGAUGGUAGUAGUGUUGGUGGUGGUGGUGGUGGUAAAAACUCAUUCCAUCAAAGCAACACUAGGACCACCACCACCACUACCACCACUCGAGAUGGCUCUCGACAAUUAACCUUAAUUUCAAGUUUUUCAAAACAAAACAACUCGACACCUAGUACAAGACCACCUCAGAGAGACAUUCCUCUCGAUGAUUCAUUACUGGAUAGUGUUCAAUCUUUGGAUGAAAUCUUUGGUUCUCCCAUUGUUGUUGGAGGAGAAGGAGUGCCAAACAAGAGUGGUAGUGGUGGUGAUGGAUCAAAUCAGAGAGAACCAAACAAGACAACAAGGAGUGAAUCACAUCGAUCAUUUCAACGAAAUCCCAAUGCUAUGGAAGAUGACGAGGAUGACCACUUGUUGCUCAACAAUGACCAUCGAACAACCACCACUUCUCUGACGAGUAAGCGUGUACAUGCUGCUGAUUCUCGACAUUAUUCCUCGCCUUCUUCUUCUUCAACAUCUGUGUCAGCACCGCCCUCUUGCAUCUCUGACAUUAACAACCUGAAAUGUACAAAUUCAAAAAAGAGGAAAACAUUGCAAACGAGUAUCAACCUCGUACCGAAUGCAACACAACAACAAGAAAGUUCUAAUUAUGAAAUUACGAUUCAAGAUUCUGUAGAAUUGAACGUUGAAUAUCUCACUAAAAAGAGGAAAAAGUUUAUAGAAUGCAUGACGUCUGAAAGCAGUGCCUAUGUCAAUAAUAACACAGAUUGUCGUGUGUUAAAAAGUGAGUUAUCAGAUCCAUCGAAAGUGCAAAUUCUUGGAAGUAUUCAACACAAGCUUGGAGUUUUAUAUCAUUGUGAACACAAGAACCUUUUGUUUGCGAAUCUAUUGCAAAUGAAAGAAGACUGUCUUUACCACAAUCUUCUGCAGACGUACGACUUGAGUACUUCUAUAAUUCCUCUACAGUCACCUCUUAAUUUAUUAACCAUACUAAGCAAAGAUGCAAAAACAUCCAAGGCAUAUCGACGUUUAUGUGUUAAGAAGGAAUACCAAUCUAUCUUUCAGCAAAAUGGAUUUCAAAUAGAAUUUGAAGUUGAACCAUUGCUCAAUGAAAAACAAAAAAGGAUUGUUAGGAUUGAUCUUGUAGGAAUGGUUAGCAACAAUGUAUUUAAUACAAGCGGAACCAAUGAUCACUACAGUUAUAGCCAGGACAAUUUGAUUGAGAUUCUUUCAAAGAUUGACGAAUUCGAACGUGAUAUUUUAAAAAACGAAGAAAUAGUCAAACUGAUGAGUGAAAGGAAAAUUGCAAAAGACGAUCUCAUCUCUCAAUUCACCGUUAUGCAUUAG